CAUCGCCCCGCUUCCGGCGCGUUUCCCGUCGUGCACCGCAGGGCGGUUUGGGAGCGCGGCAAGAUGGCGGACGUUCUGGAUCUGCACGAGCCGAGCGGCGAGGACUUCGCCAUGGACGAGGACGGCGACGAGAGCAUCCAUAAGCUGAAGGAGAAGGCCAAGAAGCGGAAAGGCCGCGGCUUGGGCUCAGGUGAGGGCGUCGCUGCGUUGAAACUCCGCGUCCCGGCGCCGCGCCGCGCCCGCGGGGCUGUGCAGGGCUGUGUGGGGUUCUGCGGGGGGGCUGUGGAGGGUUCUGUGGGCGGCUGUGUGGGGUUCUGUUGGGCUGUGCGGGGCCGAAUGGUGGUUAUGAUGUUGAAAGGGUGUGUCUGGCAUGAAUAGUUACAACCUGUUGUUUUUCUCCCUCCAUGUCUGCUGGACUCGUUUCCAUCUCCCAGGCUCUUUUGCUAAUCAGAGUGAGAAUGCAGAAUCUGCAGGAUGGGAUUCUGAGAAGUUUACCCUCUCAAAUUCACUGGUUAAACUGCAGCUAGGGAAGCAGGAGAAAGAGUUCUGUUUCCUGGUGGGUAUGAGUGCCUCUCACCACCUGUAGAUGAGUUUGCGUAUGGGGCUGCUGAGUCACGGCCUGAACCUCUGAUUGAUCACCUGAGGCGAGCAGUGAGCCAGCCACGGAGCACAGGUGAAGGCAAUUCAGCUGUGCUGCAGGAGGGGGUGGAGCCUGGCUGCACUUCUCCUAGAGCCAUGGAAGAGCUGACCAGCAGUGGGGAAGGGUCUCUGCUGGAGAUCCGCUCCACGGGAGUUUUGCAGUGAGCCCAGGAUAGGGUGAGUGUCUGUCUUUUCCUACUCCAGUAUAAUAAUUACAGGAGAUCAGCCAAGCUCCUGGAUAUAGUACCCCAUCUGUGUUUUCAUUGAUUGUACAGUUGGCGAGCCAGGCAGGCCAAAUAUAGUUUAUAUCCUGGCUUUUUUGUGGAAUUUCUAUAAGUGGGUCAAGGGGGAGAACACCAUUCCCCUAGAUAAAAUGAUCCCU